CGCCCCACUUCGGUCGACUCCGGAAGCUCCUCGGCUCCGCUCCGGCUGAGGCGCGUCCAGUCACUCGAGCGACGCCAACUCGUUUGUGUCGUUACAUCACCUCGUUCCCGUUAACGGUCCACGCUUCCCUGUAAACAUGGUGUACGCGAUUAAGGACGAAGCCGAUUUGCAGGAAAAGUUGAAGGAAGCUGGCAACAAGCUGGUUGUUAUAGAUUUUUAUGCAACGUGGUGUGGUCCAUGCAAAAUGAUUGCACCAAAACUUGAGACCCUGAGUGAGGAAAUGGACGACAUCGUUAUCCUCAAAGUUGACGUUGACCAGUGCGAAGCACUCGUUUCUGACUACGACGUCACCAGUAUGCCCACCUUUGUCUUUAUCAAGAAUGGCGAAAAGCUGGAGUCCUUCUCGGGGGCCAAUUACGAGAAGCUGAAAGAACUCAUUUUAAAGCAUAAGUGAACGACUUGAGCGGUCAUUCCAACUAAUGUAAUUAUUAAAGGAUUUUCGCAGCCACCAAUGGAAUACAAAACUUUAUGCAGAGCUAUUAUGUGACCUUUAAGACAGCGAGUUAGGAUAUUAAAUGUAUCCCCGUGGUACAUUGAGUUUCGAGAGCACGCGAAAAGCUGCAUGUAUUUUUUUAAACACACCUUAGCCAGUCUUGUACUCUUGGUUGUACUUGUACAACAGGAUCAUUGUAAACAGCUUGUAAAAAUUUACACAUAAAUGUUGCAACCCGUAGA